UAUUAUUAUAUACGGAGUGUUCGCUCAUUGCACCAGCCAAGGAUGCUUUGCGGGCACAGUUGACCUCUGCCAUUCUACGUCAACCUGAAAUCGCUUUGCUGGGCUUCGAAUCAGCGCACACGCAUUUCGUGCAUCGCAUCAGUAUUCUUAAAAACUAAUCUACAGAGCGCGUCAGGUGGUUGCGCCGCCAUGGCCCAAGGGGCUGUCGCUCCAGUGCCGUCAAAUGGAGCUCCAUUGACGGCAGAGGAGCUGCGUGAGAUUUUGGAAUACGAGAAAAUUGUGCGAUUUCGAGAUGCUGUUCUUGCUGGAACUCACCCGCGAGUUAAAAUCCCUUCCCAUCUAGUUGGCAAGCAGAUAAAUGCGUCUCGUAAUGUGCCAACACCUCGCCCAAACACGACGACACAAUCCACGCGCUCCACAUCUGGCGCCCAUUAUGAGCGCUCGUCACCAUACCACAACAGCAGAUCACCCAAUAGCUAUCGUGCCUCCACGGGCGGCCAGGUGCCCAUGUCGUCAAGGUCCGAGAUCAAUCCCAUCCUGCUAGAGAAAUCAGAUGAUUUGAUCAGGGCUGAGAUACAAUUGCAGAGGCAGAGGCUUGAAAGGGCUCUGAGGGAUCAAAUUGAACAGCAGCGGUUAGCAACAAAGGCUCUACUGCAGACGUCUGAGUCUCUCCCCAAUUUUGAUAUUUCGGAAGUUUUGUCAAAAGCUCACGCUAUUGUUCACCCUUCCGCUUCUACAGAAAUUGAACCUUCCGUUGACGCUCAUUCUCCUGCCAGUGAUUCUUUUGAUGAGAACACCUUCUACUCCAGUCGGCAUGAUACACCAGAGCGAUCUAGCUCACCACAAAAACAAGAUGAACCCGGUGCACUGCAGCCAUGCAAUUCAAAUGAGCGCCCCGUGGAGGGUCUUUCUACAAAAAGUCACCCAGAUCAGGAUGUGGUCAUGACUGGAGCUUCGCUAUCCAAUGAUAACCAUCUAGCAUCACAGGCGCAUUCUCAAGCGCCACAACUUUCUUCACAGCAGCACCACCAACAGGAUCGAGGCACAGAGCUCCAAGAACAGUCUCUAGAAACUGCUAAUUCGGAGUCGGGCAGCUCACGGGCGGCACACGUUGGAGACACGUCAGAUGUUAGCUUGGGACAGAAGGAGGAAGCCAGCGUUAGUACACAUCAAAAUGAUUCUACAGUGUCACGCGAGGUGACCUCUCAACAGACUGUUGAUCAACUUGCUCACAAUCUGUCUCCAGUUGCGCCGCAACCGGCGCGAGUUUCUCCUCUGGCUACAGCCAGAGAGCCCCCCGUCAUUCGAGAAACACGACCUCCUGAUGAAGCUCCGCCUGCCCAAGUUGCCGCUCUACGCCAAGAGCCCGUGGGGAUCUCGAGUGCAGAUAGCUCUCCGAAAGGCGGGAAGGGGUCAGACAAAAAGAAAGCAAAGAAGGAGAAGAAGAAGAAGCGCAAAGCUCCAGGCAAUGAGAAUGCAGGCACACCUGGUUCCCCUUAUAUUAAGCCAGAACCGCGCUCACCUUCGCCAUUUCCUGUGCUACCAUUACCUCGACCUCAGAAGAGACAGCGGCAAGUGGGCCAGUUCGGUGCCGAGCUCAACUACGACGAGCCUAGAUAUGAGCCUACGGAGGAUAUUCAAGAGCGCACUUCUGAUCGUUACGAGAAAUAUCCGGUAACCAGAACGUACGAAGAUUUUGAGGGUGCUUAUAUAGAAGGACCACGAAGACCAGAACCCAGCUAUCAACGGUUAGAGCGAGACGGGGGCGAUUACCGUCGCGUCAGCAGUGGAAAUUAUGCUCGAAGACCCCAAUCCCCGGCCAUGUACGCUCUCCCUUACGCCCCAGGGGAAGUUCGUCCAGUCAGAGCUGCUUCUCAUGCCGUUGUCGAACGACGACUACAUGAAGAGCCCGCAUAUUACAGAGAUCCGAGGGCUAGCGUGCGCCCAGAUGCAGACCGCGAACGAUCUCGGUCUCCUAUUAUUCGUGAGAGGAGAUCGCCAAUUCCAAUGGGACCCCCUCGACAGCCAGUUCGAAUUGUGGUUGAUGCGUACGGCCGGGAGUACAUUGAUCCUGCCCCAAUGCCAUCUCUGCGACAGUCUGUGGCACCUCCAGCCAGGUACCGUGAUUCAGAUGUUAUCUACGAACGGGCUCCCAUCAGAACAGUAUCUGCUCGUGCGCCAACCGAAGCAUACGAAGAAGAUGGUGUUGUGUACCGAAGGCCUUCUCCAGCAAUUGCAAUACCAAGGCGUGUCAUCACGCAGCCGGAGUACGCUAUGCCACCAGAGUAUAGAUCUUAUCGCCAACGGGAGUAUUCGGUUAGACCAACCACACAGGCUCCCCCCGGAGAAGAGUAUGUGCAAAUUAGGGGGCCUCUGGAGCGUCGUCAAAUGAGCCACUUUGAGCAAGUCCCUCGAGAGUAUGCCACCCGCGCACCAAGUAUGCGUCCGGAGCCUGUUAGAUAUGAGAUACCCAGAGAGUACGUGAGCAGACUACAGAGUGUUCGACCCGAACCGCCUCCACGAGACUUCGCAAGUAGUGUCCGUCCAGAGGCCCGCCGGGAAAUGCUCCCCCCAUCACAGCGAGAGUUCAGCGUUCGGCCAGCCGACCCUAUUCCUCGACGAGAACAUGCCGCUGGCCCUGAAGUCGAGCGAUAUUACGAGGAGGCGCCGAGCCGCCGAGCCGCAGAAGUCGCCUUUAUCGAGCGUCCAAGAGCUAGAGAGGCAUCCGUGGUCGUUUAUGCGGACGAUGUUAGGAGGGAAGUGUACAGAUAAGAAAAGCACGCGCUGGGAGUAUUGGCAUGAAACCUGUAAUCAGUUGGGUCUCUGCGAUCAGAUACUUGUUCGGCCAUGACAGCCUCUAGAAUUAUUGUUCACAUCCAUGGCGGGCCAGAGGAUUCAUUUUUAAUGUAAGCUUGAACAGUAAGGUCUUGAUGGGUAUUUAUGAUGCGAGACGUUUGCGACAUUGAAGAUAAGGUGUACCAGUAUUAGAGAAAUGUAACAUUACAGUUGUCUGCCU